CGCGCUCACUAUAUAUAUAUAGUUUCGCAUCCCAUAUCUCUUAAGAUAUUAUUAAUUAUUUAUUAUUCCACAUUUCCACUUUUUCUAACUAGGUUGCCGGCCGGAAACCUACAGCCAUGUCGGAGGAGAACAGACAGUCUUCCUAUCCGGACAGCACGACAGGCUUUGGCGGUGAUAUAAACAGUAACGACACUUAUGAGAAGCCCUACGACCAAGAAACUGCCGCCGGCUAUGGAGGGGAUGAUAUGUGCCAAGAAACUGCCGCCGGCUAUGGAGGGGAUGAUAUGUGCCAAGAUACCGCCGCCGGAUAUGGAGGGGAUGAUAUGUGCCAAGAAACUGCCGCCGGCUAUGGAGGGGAUUAUUCCUGCAUGAAUGAGAAGCAGACCACUACUGAGGAUGGGUAUGGUCAAGACUCGUGCGGCGGCGGUGUUGACUAUUAUUUUGAGGACAAGCCUGCCGGGAAAAGCCAUGAGGAUUUCGAAAAGGAGAAAAAACACCACAAGCAUCUCCAGCAGAUUGGUGAGCUUGGCACCGCCGCCGCCGGUGCCUAUGCCCUGAUCGGCCGAUAUCACCUUCACGAGUGCACGCCUCCCAUACUCGCUCUGAAGUUGUCUUCCAGGUAAGUUUUUUACAAGUUGGAGUUCGUUGAUUCCUACUAAUCAACCUUUUGCUUAUAAUAUGAAAGUAAUAAAUUGGAGUUCGUUAAUUUCUACUGAUUAAUUGGUGUAGAUUAGGUUCAAUUCUAAUUUCUAAGUAUUUUGGAACCUCUCGUAAGAAUGGUUUCAUUUUAAUGUGAGAUUUGCUAAAUUUUGGAUCGAAUAGUACAAAUAGGGAUAACCAGUCCCAGUUUUACAUCUAAAUUUUGGAUCGAACAGUGAUUUUCUAAUGUUCAAAUUGAUGGCCGGUUUUGGAUGGGCUGGUUCCUCACCCCCAGUAGCAAUCAUAACCCUUACCAAUUACAGAGUAUUAUGAUCGAUUUUGCUGGUUCUGAUCCAUUUAAGGUAGUUUGACUCAACUUUUGUUUAAAUUUUUUGAUAUAUCAUUACAGUUUACGACAUAUACAUACAGUGUAUUACUUCAAAUUGUGGUCUUAGUGCUUCAGUCGUCACAUGUACUAGAUUCAUCUAUUUGUUAGACUAUAUUACCUCUAUUAAAGUGUACUUCAAUUGAUGAUCUAGGUACUUCAAACGUACUAGAUAGUGUAUGUCAGUUUGCUCCUAAAUUGCAUCUGUUACACUUAAUUCACAUGUACUUCUAGUAUGUACUUGAAGUACACUAUUGAACACAAUCAUCGAUAGUCCAUUUGUUAGACUAAAUUACCUCUUAUUUACUUUUGCACGUGUAUUACAUUUAGUAUUUCUUUAGUGCUUCAAAUCAUGAGGUCAAUCCAUGAUUUUAAAUUCAUGGAUGAACAUUCAUUGGUUGGAUUGUGAUAUGUGACCCUACUUAAAAGAGCUUUAAAAUGGAGACCUGCACUAUAUUAACCAAGUUAUGACAUUAGGUAUUGUAAUACUUGGUGACAUGCUCCAUAUCCCCCAAAUGUGUGAAAACAAAGCACAAUUGUUAAUUUGUUAUAAGAAUCGGGAUUUAAAACCAAAUAUGGGCAAGUAGGUUUAUGUACAUCAUGUUCUUUUCAUUUACAAUUUUGAUUCUUUAUUUUUUUUCAAACCUCUAUCACUUCUCAUGAGUAAAUUUUUAAUGGAAAAUGAUGAACGUGUUUCUAGGCUUUAUGUUUAUCAAGGACUUAGUAAAGAUGAUAUUGUAUAAAUGUAAUAUACCUUCAUGUUAUACAUACAUCAAGUUUAAAACAUGUCAGGAACAUGCACGUAAGAUAAGUAACAAAAGUACCCUCACUAAGUCUCUUUAAAACAUCUUUAGCACCACUAUAAAAAGAUGCAUCAUGAUUGUAACAUUGAGUUAUUUAACUUUGUAAGAAAAAUGAUACGUUUGUAUACUUCAUAUAGGAAACACAAUAUAUAGAUUUUGGGGACAUAAUAAAUGAAUUUUCCUUAUCAUUUAGGUCUCCUUUUCUCAGGCGUUUUGGGUAUUUUUAAGUUCAUAAUAAUGGAAAAACAUUAUAUAUGAAUGGUUGUUCUUGAAACAAGGUAAACAAUCAAACUUUGUUUAGAUAUGAUAAGUAUACUUCUGCCUUUUGUUUUUAUUAAUAUGUUCAUAUUCAAGGUUUAGAUACCCUACUUAUUACUAUGUCCUGAGAAACUGUAAAAGGAAAAAAAGUGCUUUAACAAACUGUAAGAGGAAGGGCUUAAUUUAAUAAAAUCUAAAAGCUUAUAAAAGUGUUGUAUGUAUAUGUGUGUAUAAUAUUUUUUUAGUGUUCAUCCUUGCUAUUGAUGAUUUUCUAGUACACUAAAUGGACAAGGAAUGGAUGAAAUUAGCAAGAUACAGUGCAGAAUACAUUAACGGUGUGGAGUAUUUUCUAAAUUAUGCAUAUACAAGAGGAAAUCCUCAAGGAAAAGAGAUUUUGUGUCCAUGUAUUAAAUGUCAUAAUGCCUUAUGGAUGACUAGAGCAACAGUUUUCGAUCAUUUAAUAGCAUACGGAUUUGAAAGAGGUUAUAAUGUUUGGGUUCGUCAUGGUGAGGAGCCAAUUAACCCCAAGAACAUUGACGGUUAUUUGGAUGGUGAAGAUGAUGAAAUAGAUGAUAUUGAUGGACUACUCAAUGAUAGAUUCAGGGGGGUGGCAGAAGAACAAUAUGAAGAUAAUGGCAGCCUCAAUGGUGAUGCUGAAAAGUUCUAUAGCCUAAUAGAAGAUUCCAAGCAAGAGUUGUUUCCGGGAUGCCAAAACUUUACUAAGCUCUCAUUCACUAUCAGACUGUACUUGUUGAAGUGUCUUUACAGUUGGAGCAAUGUAUCAUUCAACGCUCUUUUAGAGUUGUUGAAAGAAGCUAUGCCUCACUUGAAUAUUCCUGAUACAGCAGCUAAAACUAAAGGGAUGAUAAGAGACUUAGGGUUUGAUUAUAAAAAAAUUGAUGCUUGUCCGAAUGAUUGCAUGCUCUACUGGAAAGAACAUGAGAGAGACACUUGUUGCUAUGUAUGUGGUGCUUCACGGUGGAUUGAAAAUACAGAAGUCAAUAAUGAGGAAAACACUAAGGCUCACAAAGUUUCAGCUAAAAUUUUGAGACACUUUCCAUUGAUUCCCAGACUGCAGAGGCUUUUUAUGUGUUCAAAGACAGCUAGCUCAUUAAGGUGGCAUGAAGAAGAACGUGUGAAAGAUGGUAAAUUGAGACAUCCUGCUGAUGGGGAGGCGUGGAGAGAUUUUGAUAAACGCUAUCCAGAGUUUUCAAUGGAUUCACGUAACAUCCGACUUGGUUUAGCUAGUGAUGGAUUUAAUCCAUUUCGAACCAUGAAUCUAUCUCAUAGUAUAUGGCCAGUGGUAUUACUACCAUAUAAUUUUCCUCCUUGGUGGUGUAUGCAAGCUGAUCAUGCCAUUCUCUCUUUAUUAAUUCCCGGACCACAAUCACCUGGAUAUAAUAUUGAUGUGUACCUCCAGCCGUUGAUUGAAGAAUUGAAGGUGUUGUGGGAUUUCGGAGUAGAUACGUAUGAUGCAUCCCUAAAUCAAACUUUCCAACUAAGGGCAGCUCUCUUGUGGACUAUCAGUGACUUUCCCGGAUAUGCUAUGUUGAGUGGGUGGAGUACAAAAGGAAAAUUAGCUUGUCCUUGUUGUAAUUAUAACAAAAACUCCACUUAUCUGAAGUAUAGCCGAAAGAUGUGCUACAUGGAUCAUCGUGUAUUUUUGCCUAUGGAUCAUAAAUACAGAUUAAACGUAAGGGACUUCAAUGGGAGGACAGAAUUUAGACCUCCGCCAGCUUUGUUGAAAGGAGAAGAUAUCUUUGAAUCCUUAAAAAACUUCAAAAAUGUAUUUGGUAAGACAAAAAAGAAAAGAAAGAAGAAAAAGAAUCAUCCCAAUGAUCCAUGGAGGAAGAGAUCUAUUUUUUACGAGUUAUCAUACUGGAAGCAUAACACAUUACGUCAUAAUCUUGACGUGAUGCAUAUAGAAAAAAACGUAUUUGAUAAUAUAAUUGGGACUUUGUUAGAUAUCCCUAAAAAGACAAAAGAUCAUGCAAAUGCUCGUUUUGAUUUAAAACACAUGGGUAUUAGAAAAAAGCUUCAACCAGAAGAGACAAAUGAAGGUAAAAGUAUCAAGCUUGCACCUGCAUGUUUUUCUAUGUCUGCUGAUGAGAAAACAACAUUUUGUGGAGUCUUAAAGGAAGCGAAAGUACCCGAUGGUUGUGCUUCUAACAUUUCAAGAUGUGUUCAACUUGAUGACAGGAAGGUUACUGGCUACAAGACGCAUGAUGCACAUUUUAUGAUGCAUUACUUGCUUCAAGUAGCUGUGAGGAGUACCAUGCCAGAUCAAGUUGCCCACCCUUUAAUUCGUCUAUCUUCAUUUUUUCGGUGUUUAUGUCAGAAAGUUAUUGAUGUGAAUGAUUUGGAUAUUCUGCAAUCAGAGAUUGCAGAAACACUUUGUCAAUUUGAAACAAUUUUUCCCCCAAGUUUCUUUGAUGUGAUGGUUCAUUUGCCCAUACAUUUAGUGAAUGAGAUAAAAUUGGGUGGUCCAGUUCCAUUUCGGUGGAUGUAUUUCCCAGAAAGAUAUUUAGGUAGACUAAAAAGCUAUGUCCGCAACAAAAGUCGUCCAGAAGGUUCUAUUGCCGAGGGAUACUUGGUUGAAGAAUGCUUGACAUUAUGCUCCCAGUAUUUGCAUGGUAGUGUGGAGACACGACUUAAUAGAAUGAAAAGGAAUGGUGAUAGAUGUGAGUCCAAUGAGAUUGAAAAUCCAACCAUCUUUUCCAGCAUUGGUCAGCCUAUUGGAACAAAGAAAAAUGGCAAAGCUAUUUAUUUGGAUAGCAAGUCAAGGAGUCAAAUUCACCGCUACAUAUUAUUCAAUUGCGACGAUGUCCAGAAAUUUAUCAGGGAGCAUGAAAAUGAAUACUCAAAACAGAAAAGAAAAAAGUGGAACAAAUCAAAGGCUCAAGGGAAAGAGUUCGUUGAAUGGUUCAAAAAGCGUGUUCUAUUAAGCGAUGUAUCUGAACAAAUGAAGGAGUUAUCUAGAGGACCAAAUACAGUUGCAUGUCGUUUUUCUGGCUAUCUCAUUAAUGGUUAUAGAUUUCAUACAAAGCAACGAGAUGCACGACGUAAAACCCAAAAUAGUGGUGUGACAUUGGUGUCAAUUGCUGAAAGUUUUGCAAGUACUAAAGAUAGAAAUCCAAUAACAGACUCACUUACCUGCUACGGAUCAAUUAUUGAAAUAAUUGAAGUAGAUUAUUAUGGGCAUUUUAAGGCUGUGUUAUUUCGCUGUGAUUGGUUUGAAGUUGAAGAGGAUAAGUAUGGUUUGAUUUGUGUUCAUUUCAACAAGAGAUGUUUUCUGGAUGAUUCGUUUGUGCUCGCUUCUCAAGUGCAUCAAUGCUUCUACAUUCAAGACCCUUUUAAUGCAAAUAGGAAUUACGUCAUGAAGACUAUCCCGAGGGAUUUUCUUAAUAUCAAAGAACCAUCAGAUUCAAACUCUCAACAGUUUUAUCAAAGUGAGCCAUCAGAUCAUCCAGUAAACCUAGCUACAAGUGAUGACAACAUUGAAUUCGAGUUGGUAAGGACAGACAUGGAACCGACAGUUGUUGAGAAUUAUUUGCAUUUAUUGAAUGCAACAGAAUCUGAAAAUGACUCUGAGAUUUAGAUGAACCUCUUUUGGAAUAGUUUUUUUUUAAGUAUUAUUGUACUCUCUGUUGGACUCGUUUCUUAAAAGUCUUAUUUUAUAAAUUUGUGUGCCUCUAUAUUCUGUUAUCACAUAUAUGUAUUGUUAUAUUUAAUAAAGUAAAUUUUGUUUUAUUAUUUAUGAAGUAGUGUUGGUUACGGUUAUCUGUAAUGUAAAUGUAAUGAUGAAUAUCCUUGUAAAAAUGCUUUAAAAUUGCACUUUUCUAGCAUUAACAUUUGCAGGAAAAUGAACCAAGAGACUGGAUCUGGUCUUGAUUUUCAAGUUGAGACUAGUGCUGAACUACUUCAAAAGUAUAAACUUAAGGUAGAAAAUAUUACUGCUUCCAGAGGAAAAAAGGGAAAUGCUGCUAGUAAAGAAGUGCAGAAAAAUUUAUUGUUUAAUCAAGCAAAUGCUCAGGUUACCAAAAGUAAAAGAGGUGCUUCAAAUCCAACUCAACGAGAAAAUGUUGUAGCUGUAAGACAAAGCAAGAGAAGUGCUUUAGAACAAAAUACAAACAAGGAUUUCAACUUUAACCGAGUAAAACCUCAGAUUCACUAUUAUAUUAAAGAAAAUGUGUGAGGAAGAUAGAAUUCGAGCAUGUAAUGAAAAUUUGUUUUCACUAAUGAAUAAUUA